AUGGCAGAAAGGCUGCUUGAAGAGGGUGUUCAGGUUCACAUGCUUGCCUUCUACAAUCCCAGGCGUGAUGGGAAGGGUGUCGAGCGAACUUCUCGGAUCUCAGACGUCAACGCACCAACAGCGCGGUGGCAAUUUGAGAUUGCGCUUCACCAAGGAAAAAUAGAAUCCAUCUUCCUGGAAGCCAUGGAAAAGCAUGGUCUGCUCGUCGAACGCCCAUACUUCCCAACAGCAUUGGAAGUGUCGCAAGAUGAAGCAGAGCUCAAAGACCCUACCUCAUAUCCCGUGAAGGUUACCGUUCAGCGGGUGGCGGAACCAUCGGUCAAGACCAAUGGUGACUCGCAAGCAUCUCACAAUGGAGUCCAGAGCAAUGUUUUCGAGUCGAACACCGUCAUUCAAGCUGACCGACCCGAAGAAACAGAGAUAAUUAGGGCGAAAUUUGUCAUUGGCGGAGAUGGCGCACAUUCUUGGGUCAGGAAACAGCUUGGGUUCAAGAUGGAGGGAGAGACCACACAACACGUUUGGGGUGUAGUCGAUCUCGUGCCGGAAACUGACUUUCCCGACGUACGCCAUCGCACGUUGAUCCAUUCCGAUGCCGGUAGUUGCAUGAUUAUCCCGCGUGAAGGUGACGAAGUUCGACUUUACAUCCAGUUGAUCGAGGGGCUGGACAACGGAGUUGAAGGAAGGCUUGACCGAUCCAAGGUCGGGCCGGAGAAAGUCAUGGCAAUUGCAAAGGAAGCCGUCAAGCCUUGGAAGAUGGAUUUUCCCAACCCCAUCUCCUGGUGGACGGUUUACGUCAUUGGACAAAUGGUUGCAAAUCGAUUCUCGGCGCAUGAGAGGGUGUUCAUCGCUGGCCAUACGCAUUCGCCAAAGGCGGGACAAGGAAUGAACGCCAGUAUGAAUGAUACGCACAACUUGUCAUGGAAGAUCGCCCAUGUGCUGAGGGGAUGGACUAACAUCGAUAUCUUGAAGACGUAUGAAUUCGAGCGGAAGAAAUUCGCGCACGACCUGAUCAACUUCGACAAAAAGCUCGCGUCCAUGUUUUCUGAGAAAGCCAUCAGCGAAGAUAACCUGGAUGGUGUGGCCCCGGAAGAGUUCCAAGAUCUCUUGAAAUCAAUGGGUGGCCUCACCAGCGGCAUUGCGAUCGAAUAUGCUCCUUCGCUUAUAACGGACAACACCUCACAAUCCUUUGCGCCUGGACUGAUGAUAGGCCAGCGUGUACAGCCGCAGAUCGUCAUGCGUGUCGCAGAUUGCCGCGCAUUCGAGAUGCAGGACCUUAUUGUCAGCGACACCAAGUGGAAGCUCCUCUUCUUCGUUGGCGAUCCCAAGCAAGAGAAACAGGCGGCGAUUGUCAAGCGUCUUGGUGAAUACAUGGAUCGACCAGAUUCCUUCAUCAGCAAGUUCUCGCCAAAGAAUGACAGGCAGGCUGUGUUCACCAUGCUGAUCGUUUCGUCCACGCCCAAAGAUGAAGCGGAUUACACCGAUAUUCACUCGGGCUUGCUGACGCACUGGUCUAAAGCAUUCACAGAUGACAUCUCCGUCGACAGGAAGAGCGGGGGCCGGGCGUAUGAGACGUAUGGCGUGGGAAAGACCACUGGCGCGUUCGCUGCUGUUCGUCCGGACGGAUAUGUGGCAUAUAUCAGCAGCCUCGAAGGGGUUGUGGACGGCACCGUCGACAAAUACUUGAGCCGCUUCAUGAUAGAGCAACCGUGA